CACCAAAACCUGAGCAGAGAACAAUCGCCAUUCGCUACGCACCAACCCGUUCCGCUCCGCGCCGCGCCUCCGCCCCCGCUGCAGCAAGCUACAAGAAACUGAGAAAAACCGCGGGGGCAGCAGCAAGCCCCGUGUGUUGAACUCCCUUCCCAGCCAUCAUCUCCUCGUGCUCUCCACUGCACGCGCCCCUUGUCCUGUCCCCCCUCCCCACCUUGUUCUUCCCAUCCCCCCAUCCCAGCCCAUCCAGUCCAGUCUCGGCACGAGGCACCGCCAGACAGCGCCGUCCCGGCCCCUGACAGGGACAGCUGGAACGCGCUGAGCCAUCUGCCGUCUGCGAUCUCUGAUCCUGCACGCGGUGGGUUCUUCGGUUCUUCCUCCGCCGCCCUGUCCCUGAGCUGGUGUUUCUUGAUGAGUUGGCGCCGGCAAGAAGGAGGAGGGGCUUCGAUUUCCUCGGCGCCGGCUGCCUGAAGAUCCUUUUUUUCCCUGGUGGCCGAGGAUUCUGGUGUUUAUUGUCAAGUGGACAUGUGGCAUAUUUUCCCCUUUUCUUGAAUGGUUUAUUGUGGAGUGUCCAAGUGGCUUAUUUCCCCAACCAUAUCAAUUUAAGGCAAUAUACAACCUGCUAACGCCGCUCUCUAUUCUGGUGCCCGCCUCAGUACACCUUGGCUUGAAGAAUUCUGUGAUUCUUUUGUAGGGUGCCGAAUCAGCGAUGCCCAGUAUUUGGUGAGUCUCUGCAAGAAGUAUUGCUAGAAUUUUGUGUUUUGAUAGGUAGAGGCACCAUGGGGCUCUUAGGCAUGAUGGGUGACUCGUUCGGUUGUUCGGCUACUGGCGAGCGACUCGUCUCCGCCGCAAGGGAUGGAGACAUCCAGGAGGCUAGGGCUCUCUUGGAGCUCAACCCCCGCCUUUCACGGUACUCGACAUUCGGUAUCCGGAACUCACCGCUCCAUUACUCGGCAGCAAAGGGCCACCAUGAGAUCGUCUCCCUCCUAAUCGAAUCUGGCGUCAAUAUCAACCUUAGGAAUUGUAGAGGGCAGACUGCUCUAAUGCAAGCUUGUCUAUAUGGUCAUUGGAAAGUUGUACAGAUUCUAGUUCUUUUUAAAGCCAAUAUUCACAGAAAAGAUUGUUUUAGUGGCACAACAGCUAUUCAUUUUGCCGCCCUGAAAGGUCAUACUCGGUGCAUUCGGCUUCUUGUGGCUGAUUACGUGCCUAGCUUGCCGGAGUUUUGGAAUAUUAUGCGUGGAAAGUCCACGGAUGAAACAAAAAAGGACGUCUUUGAUGUGGUAGCUCUCCGGAGACUAAUCAAUGGAAAGUCAGAUGGUGGCGUCACCCCGCUUCACUUGGCAGCCCUACAUGGGCAUGCUGAGAGUAUGCAAUUGCUGUUAGACCUUGGAGCUUCUGUCUCUGAGGUCACUGUCAAUGAUGGUUCAACUAUUGAUCUCAUUGGUUCAGGGAGCACACCCCUCCAUUACGCGGCAUGUGGUGGAAGUGCUGUAUGUUGCCAACUUCUCAUUGCAGCAGGAGCGAACAUGGGAGCUGAAAACACUAACGGGCUGACUCCAUUGAUGGUGGCUCGUUCAUGGCACAAAAACAGUGUUGAAGGUAUCCUAAGCAAACAGCCAGAAGGCCGAGUACGCAUUCUUCCUUCACCUUACCUGUGUCUCCCACUGAUGAGCAUUGUCAAAAUUGCUCGGGAAUGUGGAUGGAGAAAAACUUCUGCCUCAUCUACUUGUCAUGAUCCAUGCGUCAUAUGUUUGGAGGUGGAAUGUACGGUAGCUGCAGAAGGUUGUGGCCAUGAGUUCUGCACCAAAUGUGCACUCUAUUUGUGCUCCACCACUAGCAGCUCAACAUCCAUCCACGGUGUGCCUGGCUCCAUAUCUUGCCCUUUGUGCAGGCACACCAUUGUCUCAUUCAUGAAACUCACCAGUACUUCCCCAAUAAAGGAGCUUCCGUGGACUAGCACAUCAUUAGCUCUAUGUGCGGCGGGUGCAAACACUGGUUCCAAUUAUACCAGCUCUAUGCAUCAACGGUCUGACAUGCGUCGUUUGCGCUCCUCCUCAGUUCAGCUGGGAUGUGCUUCUUUCAGAUCCAUCAGCUCUGGGAAAUUGUCGUCAAUAAAGUUGAAUUGCAUAGGAGCUGAUGAGGCGAUGCCUUGCCUCGUUAACUGUCUCAGGCCAGAUGUGCAGCGAUCAUCUUCGUACAGGGAAAGAAUUAGGAGAUACUCAGAGUUCUGAUAGCAUCCCUCUGUUGGUUUCGUGCCUCCCUUUCUGCGAGUUUUGGGUGUUUGGCAGUUCAAACUUGUUCAGUGUCUGUUUAUGUUUCUCUUUGCUUCUUGUACCUGUAGCUUGCUCCGUUGCUUGUCAUGUAACAUGUAUGCAAUCCUCUUGGUGAAGAUCUGUUUGUGUA